AUGGCGCAGCACGGGUUCUCGCAUUUUGGUACUGCCCCAAAUGGGGGCGCCAUCGACCCCAACAACCUGUCCAUGGGAGGUUCAUACAACCCAAACUUCAGCAAUGACAACUUUAGCUCGCACGCCAACAACAAUGGUGGCAACGGCAGCUCAAGCGCGUUUCUUGCCGAUGAGGAUCUUCUUGACGGAUUAGGCGGCGACCAGGGAGCCGUGCAAAAUAAUGGCCAGGACUUUUCGGGCAUGAACAUGGGCUUCUCCCAGGACGCGUAUCAAGCCCACCAGCGUAACUCGGGCUUGCGCCUGGACUCAAACCCGCUCAACGGCUUCUCUAGUACGCCCGAUGGCGACCCGAUGCCUAGCCCAUAUACCGCAGGCUACACUGGCAACUUCCGACACAUGCAGGGGAUGCACUCUCCCAUGUUCGCUAAUGACGUGGACGGCAACGACCAGAACUACAUGAACGCCCGCACGAGGGCACGCAUGUCCCAGCAGAUGCAGCGCAAGCCGUCCAAUACCGCCCGAAGCCCCAUGACACCCAAGACAAACGCUAUGCACAGCUUGUCUCUAGGGUCGAACGACUCGCCCAACUUUGGACCGCAAUCGAUCCGUACGCACGAGAAGUCUCCUUCAGGCCAGUGGCUGAACACACCCACCGGCAGCUAUCCGGCGUCGUACAAUUCAGGGUUUGCCUCACCCCUGCAAGGCACCAUGGUGCCUCCCAUCGAAGAGGUCAUGGGCAAAGCUGGCACAUCUAUGCCAGCCAAGUUGGGAAACACAAACGGGUCAGGCUCCACCGCCGUCUCGUCCCAAGAGGCGAAGCGCAAACGACGGCGCGAGUCUCACAACCUCGUCGAACGACGUCGCCGUGACAACAUCAACGAGCGCAUCCAAGACCUCAGCAAAUUGGUCCCCAUGCACCGCUUGGAGGAUGAGAAGAUCCGGAAGCUGAUUCAAAAUGGUACGCCGCUCUCUCCCACGCUCACCGGCAUGUCCAACCCUUCCUCGGCCACCUCGGGCCUCGCUGGGCCCGGUGCUCGCCGCGCAACCGGAAGCAACGCUGGGAAUAUUACGACAGGCCUGCCCAUCGAGGACAAGGAUAAGGGGCCUAACAAAGGCGACAUUCUGAAUGGAGCCGUGAGCUGGACUCGCGAUCUCAUGUGGAUGCUGCACCUCAAGCUUCAACAGCAGGAGGAGCUCAUGCAGACGUUGAACGAGCUAGGCCACCCUUACCCAUUCGAGGUGACGGAUGACGAGCGGCGCAUGCAAUCUGAGCUGAUAGAGGCCAUGUCCAAGAAUGAUGCUGGCAACUUCUCCUACACACGCACAGCUGGGUCGGGUCUACGAGUGCCAAGCAUCACAGACUACCGCGGCAACGCGGCGAAUGCAGAUGUACCCCCUACCAGUCUUGAUACGGUGGGCGUCACCCCUCCGCACCACAGCAGCUCUGCCAUCAUCGACGAUGACACCAACCAAUUCUGGCAUGAUCCGGACGACAACGGAACCGGACACGCCCCCAUUGACUUCAAAGAUGACGACGACUACGGCAUGGAUCUCAACUAG